GACCUAUGACCCUAGUGAGGUUGAUGAUAACGUGCCAUAUCUUUUCACUCUUUUCGGCCGAGUACACAAUUAUAACUAGGUUAGAACAGUUUAGUAACGCAAAAGACUUUGCAAUAUGGCCAUGCAAUCUCGAGCCUUACUGGGUGGCAUUUACAGAGCUGCAAGGAAAUUAAAGACCCCCUCAUGUAGCCUUCUGUCUGGGACCAGACAGAGCUCCAGCACCAGUAAUGGGCUAGGAAAGCUUUAUGAAUUGCGCAUUUAUCAAAUCUGGCCAAAGGAGAUGAAACCUUUCAUUGAGCUGAGUAAGGAGUGGAUACAUUUGAGGACUGCACACUCGCCUCUGGUUGGCUACUGGACCAGCGAAAUUGGCGGCAUUAAUGAUGUUGUCCAUAUAUGGGAAUAUGAUAACCUGAACCAGCGGGCGGAGGUGCGACAAGCCUUGGCUGGAGACUCUCACUGGAUCAGCAGUUACUUCAGCAAGAUACUACCAAUGAUGUCUCGCCAGGAAAAUAUGUUACUUCACACUGUUGGUGAUAGCAACCUUGUCCAGCCUGACCUCAGAGGUGUUUAUGAAUUGGACACAAUAAACCAAGGGUCCUGUCACCAGUUUGCUACCAACAAGGGCGAUGCAAAGCUGCUCGGCACAUUUCAAAGUGUUCUGGGACCAACUAACACAGGAUACCAGUUGUGGUUCCAUAGCACCUCCCAGAAGGCUGUUGAAAACCAGACAAAGGGACACAAGGAAGUUGGCCAGGCGACAGGACAUAGACGACUUCUAGUUUCAACGCCGUGGUCUCCCUUACAGUAGAUCUUCUCACCAUAACCCAGUCUCCUGUUUAGACAUAGUCCCAUUAAUCCAGUUUGCUAGUUCAUUUUGAAAUGACUGGAUUUGAUCAACCAACCUAGUAAAUCAGCACUAUUCCUAUUUUAGACAUAUACUUGCAUUUCAGUAUAAAUGGAAAAUAUAUCCUAUAUCAUAUAUGUAUAAUAUUUUAACGAUAUUUUUAUUAGAAUGUUGGCACAAAUGAUGGCCUGGUAAAUUCUUAGUAACACUAUUACUCAAUUAAUACUCAAAAAUUGGUAAAAAGAAAAACAUUUUUCAGAUCUCAUCCAUGUACAUACCAUAUUCUAUUGAAAACAUUUGAAUUUGAUUCUCAAUGCAUGUCAGGUACGUAGGUACGUAAAAUGUCAAUCCUGUUGUGAAGAAAUUAAGUGUCUUAACUGUUUUUUUGGUUGUUGAAGAUUUUCCACUGCGGAUAUUCAACAGUGAUACACCAGUUUUUUUAUGUCAAUAAUGUGUUUUAUCUAGGUGCUGUGAAAAUUUUGAGGUUGCCAGCUUUGAAGUUUAAAGCCGAAUAUUGUCAUUUACCUUUUAGUGCCAUAUUUAUAUAUCAAAUAUUUACAUUUUUUCUUUUUUAAAUUGUCUUCAAAUUUAUAUUAAAACGUGCUCAAAUGAUUUUCAUGAUAAAUCAAGUGUUGCUGCUAGUCCCGUAUUGCAUUUUAGUGGUUUUUGUGGACGUUUUUGCUGAUUUGUUUGGCUAUUGUUCAGAAUAUAAGUCUCUCAAUUCCUCUUCUAGUCAUUCAUAUUUAGAUGUCUGUAAAAGUGUUAUUUACAUUGCUAGAGUGCCAUACACAUACACUUCUGGUCAAGAAAAUAUGUUCAACAAAAAUGGAUUUAGAAAUUUCACGUUUAAUAUACAUUUCCCCUUCAAAUUGAUUUUAUAACGUUUUGGUGUAACUCUUUGUAUUCCGAUGUAUAUGAGGCAGUCACAUGUAAUGAGGGUGGUCAGUUUGCACAGUGGUAACACAAUUGCAUUUCACCUAUGUGGCAUGGGUUCAAUUCCCCAAACAUACAUGAACAGGUAUGGGAUCACCUGCCAGGCCACGUGGGUUUUCUCCUGGUACUCCAGUUUCCUCUCACAAUAUUGGACCCCUCCAUGUAUUUCCAUCGGGGCCAACAAGAGUGACCAAUAUAAGUUGGUAUACAGUGUAACUUGUUAAGCAGUUGUUCUAAAAUAAAUGUAGUGUGGAUUUUUAUUACAUUUACCGGUAUAUGUUCCCUUUGUAUACUUCCUGAAUUAUCCCAAAGUAAUGAGUAAAAUAAUGAGAUUUUUUGUGUGUGUGACUCCCAUUGCUCAAUAUUUUAUGUUCAUGUAAGUCUAUAUGUACGGGUCUACUUUUUUUUUUUUUUUUUUUAUCUUAUUCAGUAAAAUGUGUCUCAUCUUUUACAUUAAGAUAUCUCAAAUGGAAAUUUACCAAUCUUUUUUAGUUAACUUUUGCUUCACAAAUCAAGAUCAAUACAUACUAGUAGAUGUAUUGUAUUUCUGUGUAACCGGGUUACCUAGAUUAUGAAAUAUUUGUUUAUUAAUUGUUUGGUUGAUUAUUACAAAUUCUUACAAGGUGCUAUCUUGUCAUUUUUUAUCCAAUUAAUAUAUAUCUGAUCAAAAUAUUUUACAUAUGUAUUUUUCUAUAUUACAGAGUAACUGUAAAGUCAGGUGAAUGCCAUUCAUAUUUAGAUCAUUCUCUUUUUUGUAAUGGGUAAUUUAAUUUGUUGGUCAAAUUAUUUUUACUCUCAGCAUACAAAAUAACUAAAACUACUGGGGGUAUUUGUUACACAAUUUGUUGACAAACAAAAAAUGAAUACCCAAUACACAGCUUUUUAAGUUUGAGUUAUUUUUAUAUUAAUUUUUGAGUUAUAGUCAUUUUAAACAUUUUAGGUAUGACGUCAUGGCGGCCAUUUCGAAUUUUCUGACCUACUUAAUUUUGUUACAUGAACAUCUUCAGACCUUCUUAUUAAACAUACCUACAUCAUUUUAAACAUAACGAAAUAUAUAGAUCUUACAUAUUAUCAGAUUACAGAUCUGAAAUAAUUACAUUUUAGUUGUCUAUUCAUUUGUGUAUUGAUUUGAAAAAUUCAAGUCAUUAUAGACACCAAUAUAAAAUAAUUUGAAGUUAUCUUUCAGUCAUUAAAUUUCAUGUUCAGAUUCUGGUUAUAGUCUUGGCGUCUAGGAACAUUUCAACCCUUAUAUAAAUUACAAGAAUUAUUCAAAUUAUUUGCUGUCAGAUUUGCUCAGGUUUGAAAUUUUUCAGAUUAUUUUUUCCCCAGAGUUCUUAUGAAUACCGUCCAAAUUUAUUAUGUAAAGAUUUGAGAAUAUUGUCCGAUUACAUCAUAUGGAGAUAGAUUGCUGUGUAUUGUCAUCACUUUGAAGCAUUGUAUGGACGGGGCAAUACUAUUGCUCUCAAAUAUUUCAAAAUGUUUAUUUUAUUUUGGGUUGAAAGCUUCAUUGCGGGCCAUAACAUUUUUCUACAAUUUAAAGUUCUGUAGAUUUAGCGAAAGACCAAACUAAAACAGAUUAGAGGACUGAUGAAUUAGUGAUCAACAAUCAAUGAUUGCCAUAGAAAACAAUUUAGAUAAAUUAGAAUAAGAGCAAUCAUAAUUUAGCAGAAUGCUGCUAGUUUAAAAAAAUGUUUAAAUAAAAAAUUACUGCUAAAUUAUGUAUGAUUACAGUACACUGUUAGUAGAGUAGGAUGUACCAGAAUCUCGUCUAUAUGAUAUAUUGGCCCAUGAUUCUCUAAUUAUCAUACUGACUGUUUAUACAUGUAUAUUGUAAUUAAGCUGCUUAUUUAGAACUACAUGUAUAAUAUAAGGUUAAGGGUUAUGAAACGAACAACUUUAUUAAUUAACAGUAAGCAUGUAUGGUACCUUCUAAUACUACAACACUCAUUUAUCUGGUAUGUUUGUGUUGUCUGUGACACAAAUCUCAAAAUAGUCAACAUCCAGACAAUUCUUGUCAGAUGCAGUUAAAUUUUUUCAUGGAAACAGAUACACAUUAUGCUUCUUGUUAUCUUUUUUUUUAAUAUCUUUAUAAUCAUUUUAUUUUUGGGUGAAAAUGAUGUCAUAAUUAUGAAAGAGAAUAUAAAUAUGAGCCGCAUUGUACUUGCAAAAUUGAAUAAAUAAAUAUCUUUGCAUAUAAAA